AUGUAUCGGAAGUUGUCUAAGUUAGAACACUCGGAAAUAAAACAACUUCUUACAGAAGCUAAUAUAGAAGUAGCAAAGCAUUACGCAACAAACAAAAAAGCACUCGCUGACUUCAUUAAAGACUAUAAUGGUGCAAUAAGUUAUGAUAGAAUUCAUGAGUUCAUAAAGCCGCAACGCGGCGAGGACGAAGUCCAUGCAAUAGCAUUUCCUUUAAAUGACGUUGCUAUUGACUUAUAUCAUAGACGUUCAAUACCUCAUGAAGUAAGGCGUGAGAUGUUUGACAUAACAAAUGCGAACGUUGGUGAAACAAGAAGAAGAGACGACACACUGAAACAACAGAGAAGAGAGAUGUUUAAAAGUGCUAUAGAACAAGUUCGCAAAGCUAACGAUGUCAUUCGUUCCAUUGACGACAAACCAAAAGAAGGUGAGAGAUGGUUAAAGAAAGAUGAAGAGAAUAGGAAGAGAAAUGUGAAGUCAGGCAAUAGACUCAUUGACUUUAACAUCGAAGCUUUAGAUGAACCAAACAGAGACUACUUACACAAACAUUUCGGUAAGGUUUUCAUGAGACUCUUAGAGAAAAUUAAAAUAAACUCACAACAAAGAUGGAUGGUAUGUUAUAAACUUGGUGGAAAGUAUGAAUGUUCUACGUUAAACCUCAAUAAUAUUGGAACAUUACUACAUCAGCUCUUGAAGGAGAACUUUAUAUCAGAGAUAGAAGCAAAUGCUGCAGGUAUUGUUGAAAUGCACUAUGACUUCUUCUUGACAAACAUAAAGAAUCUUACUGAAAUAAAGAUGUAUGAUUUAACAGAAUAUGAAGGCUUAACGAUGUCAGAUGUAAAGAAAGGCAAACCAAAAAAGAGACCAUAUAGAGAUGAAAGCACACUGACAAAUGACCAGAAAGCCAUUUUGGAAGCUCUUAAGCAAACAGGAAACCCAGCACUUAUAGAAAGCUUUUGGAAAGAUAAUGGUGAAAAGAAGUUUUAUAAGAAGAGAAGCGGUCAGUUCUGGAAGUAUCUUUGCACAUUACCUAUAAAUCUUGAACGCUACCAAAUCUUCAAUGAACUGAACAAAAGAACUGCAACACUUAUGACAGAAGACAAUUGUUUCGUUUAUGCUUGCAUUCAGGCUGGA